GCAAAAUUGCUUAAGUCAAGCCAUGAGAUCUGAAAAUUCUUUGAAAUAUUGGACUUCCGGAAUCGAGUACAAUGGAAGCCUUAUGUGGUGCUCAAAUUUAGACGAUUAUUUGAUCAGUUCUCAAGACUUAUUUUUCAAAACGGACGGCGAAAAAAAUCAACAUGGUUGUGUAUAUAUUGAGGCUGGCGAUAAAUAUGUUGCUGAAAUGGGUGGCGAGGAUUGUGAAGCAAAACUCCCGUUCAUUUGUGAAACUUUUCCACAAAAUGAAGACGAAGGCUACACAUCUGUGGGAAAUUCUUUGACUUUGAUAAAAGAAUGUCAAGUUCGGAGUGGUUUAAAAAAAAGGGAUAUUCAGAAAAUGAAGAAUAUUGAUAUAUCCCAAUAUUCAUACGACAUGAAGUGCCUUAUUAGCUGUCUGGCGGAAAAACUUGGAAUUAUUGACAAAAAUUUGAAAGUUGACACAAAUGAAGUUAACAAUUUCUUUGACUCUGGUUCGAAUGUUUUGUAA